ACGGCUAUCUUCAUUUCAUAUUCAAUUUACCACUCUCCAGUCAACUACUUUUACACAAACUUCUCUUCUCUGUUCUCCCAUUACCAGCAAUUCAAUUCACCUUCAGGCUUCAACAUCGAACCCAAUUGCUAACGAUCUCAAAUUUAUCCUCAACAAUGGCGUCCGAAAAUCGACCACCUUCAUCACCAUCAUCAACACCAAACAUACCUUCAUUUUUUUCUUCUUCAUCUCUCUUAAAAGACAUUUCCAAUUUCAAAACUCCUAAACCCGAAUUCCACUCAUCAUCAUCUUCCAGAACUUUCCAACCAACCACUCCCAAAUUCUUCACUGCUUCUAAACAAAUGCAAACUCCUUCAUCAUCUUCCAGAACUUUCCAACCAACCACCGCUCGCCGUCAUCGACGUCUUCAAUCAUCUCCGGCGAUUAAAAAACUCCGUCAAUUCGAGCUUGAGAUGUCGCAAUCGUCCCGAAAGGAGGAAAUUAAGAAGGAGAGAUCGAUGAAGUCGUUAGCAAAAUCGCUUACUGUUUGGUUGAAUUUUUUGUUUGAAAACCCUAGAUCUUGUGGAUGUGAAGAUGGUGGUGAAAACGAAGGAGAGAGGAAAGUAGGGAAGAGAGAGAAUUUUAUGGUUGAGAGUGAAUGUGUUAGUGUAAAUGGUGGAUUGAGGUUGCCGAAGAGGCAGAGAGAAAAUGAGGUUGGGGUUUUGAUUUCUAGGUCGAAGAAGAAAUUUGCGGGUUUGUGGAAUUCUUUAAAGGAUAUUUGUAGUUUUGAUGAUUUGGAACUGAGAUUGAGAGAGUAUCUGAGUUAUGAAGCUUGCAUGGAGGUUUUCACUGUAAUGUCUCAAGUUACUAAGAGUAUUGACGAAGGAAGGCUUAAAAUGAAGGCACAUUGCCCCAUAGUUACUGAUGUUGGAAUGAGAGAGAAAGCUGUCAAAAUUCUCAUGUGCUAUAAUCCAGUUUGGCUCCGGAUCGGAUUAUACAUUAUCUUUGGCGGCGACUCUUUGAUACCCAAGGAAGAUUCUUGUAGAGAGGAAGAUAUUGCUUUCCUGAAAAUGGUGAUUGAGAAACAGUUCUUUUCACAUGCAAGUCUUGCAAAGGCCUAUGCAUACAAUAAGUUGGUUGAUGGCUUAUACCGGCCAGGUUAUUUUGAGACAUUAGGCAAUAUCAUAUUAAAGAGAAUAUUGUUACUUGUUCUUAUACUUGAUAGAGGUAAAAGUCAGAGUAGCUUGCCUAUCAAAUAUGGCAUUGAUGGGCUAGAUGGAGGUUCUCCCUUAUUAUUCAAUGUAAAAUCAAAUGUCAAAUCAAGUCGACAAAUGAUAAAUGAUUUCUUAUCAUCUGAAGUUAUGCAUGGUGAGGGUAAUCUUCUUGCUCAUUUGGUGAUUGUGGGGUACAAAGUAUCAUAUCAACAGAGUCCCCUUAUUGAGUAUGACUUCAGAAUCACAGAUUUGUUCCAAGAUAUUCAGGAUGGAGUGAGACUAUGUCGAGCUAUUCAGCUUUUACAGCAUGACUCCUCUAUUCUAAUGAAAGUAAUGCUUCCAUCAGAUACUAGUAAAAAGAAACUGACAAAUUGUCGAACUGCGCUGCAAUACCUCAAACUGGCAGGCGUUCCCCUGAAGGAUGAUGAUGACAUGGAGAUAGUUGGAGAGGAUGUUGCUAAUGGAGACAAGGAACUUGUAAUUUCCUUGUUGUGGAAUGUAUUUGUUUAUCUGCAGCUACCCAAGCUUAUGACAAAGAAGAUCCUCUCUGAUGAAAUCUCAAACAUUUGCAAAGCUCACACUGAAUUCAUGGAUAUAGAUAAUAGCUCCCACUUGGAUAUGCUCCUCCACUGGGUGAAGGUUAUCUGUGGAAACUAUGAUGUCAAGAUGGAAAGUUUAACUUCUUUGGUUGAUGGGAAAGCUAUGUGGUGCUUGUUGGAUUUCUAUUUCCGAAAGGAACUUCAUUGUCCUUGUUCACUGAAGGACCUCAAUAACACAAAUGAAGAAUCCAUUGUGUCGAUGAGAGAUACUACUGAUGCAGUACACAACCUUGUAUUAUCUCAGAAGUUAACAACAUUGUUGGGCAAUUUCCCUGAGGUUCUACAAAUAUGUGACAUACUUGAAUACAAUGGCGCCUGUAACGAUAGGAGUGUGGUCAUACUGUUGGUCUUCUUGUCCUCCCAAUUGCUUGUCAAGAAAAAUACGGAUAAGCUCAACUUUCACAAGCUCAUGGGUUGUCAUUGCCAAAAUCCAGAGAGGAUAAGGGUGUCCAUGAGUUCUGAAACUGCAUAUCAUAAAGAAAAAGAACAAUCUAUCGAAGAUGGUGCAAUGAAGUUUAAAACAGUUCAGGCCUGGUGGCAAGAGAUGGCCAAACUAAAUACUUCUAGCGAUAAUCUAUCAUCUGGCCUUGCUAUCCUUCCCUCCUCCGCAGAUAAUUGCAGCUCUGAAUGUUACAACAAAGUUAAUGCAACUGUAAUUAUACAGUGCCAUCUCAGGCGAGUAAUUCAGCGCAGAAAAUAUUUAAAGACAAAGCAAGCAGUAUUGAAAAUACAGCUUGCUUGGAAGAAAUUUCUUGCUAGUGAAUACUGGCAAAAUCGUUGCUCAUCUGCUAUAAGAAUUCAAAGCCAUAUUCGUGGUUGCACACAGAAAAGAAAAUUCCUGAAUCUAAAGCAAGCUGUACUGAAGAUCCAAAGUGUUCUUCGAGCUCUGAGAUACUUAAAGGACUUGCAUGAAUAUAAUAUGACAACUAAAUCAGCUAUUAUAGUUCAGUCUCAUGUCCGGGGGUGGAUUGCUCGUAAAGAAGCCUGUAGACAAUGGAAAUGCAUCAUUGUGGUGCAAAGUUAUUCCCGUAGUUGGUUGGCCAGGAGGAGCUUUCUUUGUCAAAAACAAGCAGCAUUACGACUACAAAAUGCCUUUAGAGUCAUGAUGUGCCGGUCUGAAUUCCAAUGCUACAGGCAUGCUGCUACUGAAAUUCAACGUUUUGUCAGGGGAAAGAUAUCACGAAAUAGGCUUCUAGGUUCUUCCUCUCUUCAUCUCCAUGCUUCAAAUCACAACCUUACAUUAGGCCACAAAUUGUACAGCACUGAAUUAAGUAUAGUUUUACAAGCAAUUGUGAAGCUACAAAGAUGGUGGAAGAGUGCGUUAGAGUUUAGAUUGAGAAAAGAAGCAGCAGUUGCUAUUCAGUCUCAUAUUCGUGGUUUUAUUUGCCGGCAAAAAGCAAUUGAACAGAGACAAUAUGCCAUUGUUAUUCAAGCACAUUGGAAGGGAUACAUCGCCAGGAAAAAUGCCAAAAAGCAACUGGUUGAUCUGCGAUUAAGAAUACAGAAGUCAGCUGCUACCUUGGAAGAUAGCAUGCGUAUUAUGAAUAGGCUAAUAGCUGCAUUGAAGGAGCUAAAAAGCAUGAAAAAUGUUAGCGGCAUACUCUACAAUUGUGCAACUUUGAACAUGGCAACUACACACUCUCAAAAAUGUUGUGAGAGGCUUGUAGAAGAAGGGGCAGUUGAAAUAUUAUUGUGUCAAAUAUCUGCUGUCACCCGUAGCAUACCAGACCAGGAAGUUCUUAAGCACUGCUUAUCUACUCUCAGAAACCUAGCCCGAUACACCCAAUUAGCUGAUGUGCUCAUUGAUCAGCGUGGAUCCAUUGAGACCAUCUUUCGUGAGUUGUUAAGGAACAAGGAAGAGGGUUACUUCAUUGCCUGUGAGCUGCUAAAGAAGCUAUGUACACGUCCAAGAGGCAUUGCAGCAAUACGUAGUUUGACUUCAAUGUUGAAGCGACUGCAAAGUCUAGUUGAGGAUCUGACCAGAAAAGCGAAUCAUGAGAAGAGGAAUAAUCGAGGUGUGACUCCUCGAGAUAUCACAGAGCGAAGGCUAAGAGAAGCCAUCGAACUCUUGAACUUGAUCACAUUUGUUUGAUUAGCUGAAUUAGUACUAGAUGUCUUUUUUUAACUUUAGGUUCUAAUCCUAUGCACUUUUUGUGCAUAUAUAUAUAUAUAUAUAUAUAUAUAU